GUCCCAUUCAGCCGCGGAAUCGAGGAAAGCUCGCACAGGGGUAUAGAUUAGUCAGUCGUUCGGUUCCGCUCGUCCUGAGAGGCAUAUCCCGGUAGUAGCUCCUAGUCGGCUGUGCCCAGGGAUUACUUGUUGAUACGCGCGCGAAGGAGCAGCAGCAGCAGCAGCAGCUGAGGAGGAAGGAAAAGGAGCGAGGACACGAGAAAGCGGAAGCGGGAGAGUCGAGCUUUAUCGAGCGAGAAGUGCAGAGCGCGUCGGAUCAAUCCCGGAAGAAGAACGUCUCUCUCUCUCUCUCUCUCUCUCUAUUUAUCUGCCCUCGAGAAGAAAAACAACAACCGAUCGCGACGACGAGAUGAAGACGACGUGCGCAAUGCUGCUGGCGGUGCUCGCCCUGAUGAACUGCGGCGCGGACGCGUGGGGUGGCCUCUUCAACCGCUUCAGUCCUGAGAUGCUGUCCAACAUGGGAUACGGCAGUCACGGCGGAUACCUCGGCAGGUCGUCCGCUUUCCUACAGCACGGGAGCAGCUUCAGCGACAACGGUCUGGACGACGGCGCGGACGAGCCCUGUUACGAGAGACGCUGCAACACCAACGAGGACUGCUGCCCCGGCUCGGUUUGCAUGAAUCCCGAAGGAGAGUGGCCCGAGGGACGCUGUAUGUUCAUCUACGGCCUGAAACAGGGCGAGCUUUGCAGGAGAGACAACGACUGCGAGACUGGCCUCAUGUGCGCUGAGGUCGCCGGAAGCGACAGCCUCUCCUGUCAGCCGCCUGUCACGUCGAACAAGCAAUACAGUGAAACCUGCAGCAUGUCCAGCGAGUGCGACAUCAGCCGAGGCCUCUGCUGUCAGCUGCAGCGGCGACAUCGUCAGACUCCGCGAAAGAUGUGCUCAUACUUCAAGGACCCACUAGUCUGCAUCGGUCCAGUGGCGGCGGACCAGGUGAAGCACGUCGUGCAGUACACGUCGGGCGAGAAGCGGAUCACCGGCAAGAACAACCGACUGUACAAGCGGGGAUUCGCUUAAGCUUCCUAACCCCGACCUCCCUGUUAUCACCCCUUACCCCCCCCCACCCAAAAAAAAAAAAAGAAAUGAACCCCCACCUACCCUCCGAUAAAAAAAAUCAAGUCUUUCUUUCGCUCCGCGUUCGGUCGAGCUGCGAAUCAAACUCUAACUUAUAUACUAACUAGUUGAGCAAGAAAUACAUACACUUGAUUUCGUGCAGCCGAUUGUAAUUCCUCGUUGCUUAUAUGAGUAUAUCGUACGAAAAAAUGAAUGGCCAACAUUGAAUACUCUUCCCUCUAGUCUUCGCGUGGUAUAUAUCACCGACCAACUACUUAGUUCACGAAAGGAUAUUGAAGACGAGGCGCGCACAUAUAUGCACACUUAUAUCCUGAUCUUUCUCCUUGAAUUGCGAUACACGCGAAUUAUGAAAGUACGUUGCGCGAAUAACUCUUUUUAUAUUUCGUCUUUUUCAACAGCAAUUAUGGAUAUGCAUACUUCAAAGUCUUCUAUGAUAUACGUACGAUGAUAAGUUUAGCAUUUGCGUUUUUGCGCGAGCUUUUUCGCCGAGAAAAAAAAAAGUAAACGAAUUGAAAGUACAGACACGCGGCUUCCAGCUAAUAGACAUAUACGUAUUAUGAUUAUUAUUAUCACUCGUCUUGCGACUGAAAAAUACAACACAUAUCAAGAUUCGUGCUUUAAUCUCUAAGAUUAGUGACGUAAUGAAUAUAUUUACCGAUGUAUAACGUAUUUUAUGGACGAGCGAGUAAGAGAGAAAAGAGAUGAGAAGCGAAGAGCAACAAAACAUAUCAACUAGAAAGUGAUUCAUAUAAAAAAAAAUGCACAAAAAAAGGCGCGCCGACGACUUUUCGUCGCGUGGCGGAUACAUAAUGAAAGAAAGGGAUUACAAUAUACAAAAAAAGAAACAGCUCUAUAAGUUGUAACGUUAAGUAAAUAUACUUGUAAUAUUAAAGAUAUCGUAUAUAAUGUAUGAAUCGCGCGGAGCGAGGUGAUCCCCGAGAGUAAUAAAAUAAAAACAAAUUCCUCGACACGAAGCGUAUAAGUAAUAUGCGUCGGAUUUCGGCUUUGAUCCCUUUUGACGGAUUUGCCUCGCUCCGCCACGGGAAUAUAUAAUUCGUUUCUGCUCUGCAUACAGCGAACGCUGCCCUUUUGGGCACCUGAGCUCCCAGUCUAGAAAAAUCAAUAUAAGAGUAUAUAUUACCGAUAUAACGCGAGAGAGAAAGAGAGAGAGAGAGAGAAAUUGCCGUAUCGCGUGCGAAUCACGUCGUUGAGAAAUGUGUCUACUUAUUCGCCUGACACGACGUGGAUCUCUUUCUUCUCGAGGCAUUUCGAUUCGACAGCCGUGUUCUCCUCUUUGACUUAUUAUUAUUAUUAUUAUUGUAAUUUUUAAGAAAUGUUAUAUAUGAAGCUGGUCUUGAAAAACGAGUUGUUUACUAUCGUUUGUUGUGUAUACGUUGAAUACUUAAAUUCUAUUUUUUGUCUUUGAUUCGCUUUCGUAAUGUUAUAUUGUAUAAGGAACGUUGAGGACUCAGAUGAUUAAUUUUUGAAUCCAUAUUUUUGUGCUAAUUAUGACAGAUCACUCGGAUGCCUGAAUACAAGCUGCGUAUAGAAUAUACUGAGAAAAAGAAAAACAGAAAAAGAAAUGAACACAAAAAACUGUUGAAUUAUACGAUUUAUGCUUAUUACCCUAUAUGAAAAUUAUAUUUUUAUCUUUGAUCGAUGUAUGCUGCGUCGUUGACUGCAUCUGUGGAGAUGCAUCGGACGCAUUAUGCACGACAGCAUAGUAUGAUAUUUUCUCUCAAAGCGUUAAACCACUCAUAUACACCUGUAUGUAUAGCAUCUAUCUGUUUACGAUUUUUUCACAAUACAUCGAAUGCAUACAGUACAUCGUGGGGGCCUAUCGUGUGAAAGAGAUCGGGAUGAAUAAUAUUUUUAUAGAAGAUUACGAAAAGCUCAUACUUGCGUUAAACUUUCAAUUUUCCAGUCGAGAAAAAUAUGGAAUUAUUUGAUUAACCCCGAUCUCUUGGUACCAAAUUCUCUGAAUCUUAUAGUCUCACCCUUUUGCAACUGAUGCUGAUGAUGAUAAGCAAUGUUGUUAGCCCGUAUGUUAUGACAUUGAACGUUUUCAGCAUAUCUGGCUCGAUAUCGAUUGAUCAUCGUCUGUUACUUGUGUUUGUUUAAACGGCUUCACUUUCCGUAACGUUAUUGUACUCAAACAUUUACCGUUCUACAAUCUAUCGAGAUAUUGAUAAAAGAAUAUUAUAUUGUCGAGAAAAGUACGAAACCCAACUUGUGGGAUUAUUAAAUAUAUCAAAAUUACUCAAAGUUCAAAAUUGACUCACAACAUUGUAGAGCUCGUAUGAAUCGUACUAAUAUAAAAUGUCAAGAUCGCGUAUAUUUUUACAAGGGAUAUGACAUUGUUAAAAAAAAUAAAUGAUGAAGAGAAAGACGUAAUACUAUACGAACAUAUGUAGAAAAAAAAACAAUUGAACAUAUAGAAAGUACUAACAACUAUUUUACGAAUUCCGUCUCUGAAAUGAAAGUAAUAUCUGAUCACGUACAAGCAGAUAUAUAUAUAAUAAUUAUACACAUAUAAGACUCUGUUGGACUUAACGACAAAUGCUUUGAUCUACAGUUGAAUUUCUAUUGAAUUUUAAUCCUAAUUAUGAAUUCGAAUCAGUUUGAAGACGCAUAUAUUAGCAUUUACUAAAUAGCACCUGAUUUCUAUUGUAAAUUUGUACAAUAAGAUAAAAAUGACGAUGAAGACUCGAUUAUUUCCUUGAAAAUAUAUACAUAUCAUAGCGAGUAAGGAUUUCUAAUUGUUAAGAAAUGCUCAAAGUGGAAAAAAGCACUCGAGUGCCAGCGGAGCGUUUUUGAAAGUCGCUUACGAGAUUGAUGUAAGAGUAUUAGAAGCGUUUCUAAUGAGUUUAGCUUUUCGACUAAUACGUGAGCGAGAUACACGCCUCCUUACUUUAAAAGAUCGUUUCAAUGAGUUUCGAAACUUUGAAAACACACCGAUUUAUCGUAAAUAUAUUUUAUGGGCGUCUAUUGGCCUUUUUUCGAAAGCAUCUAUACAUCGGUUAUUGAUUCCAACGCUAUUGUAUAUGUGUGUCUAACUGUAUGUGUAUCAUUCACAAUAAAACUGUAUUUCAAAAAGAAA